AUGGUUAAGUUUGAUGAAUAUAUCUAUAAUCCAAUUUAUGAUUUUUUAAUUUCUUAUGAUACAAUACCUCAAAUUUAUCAAGUAAAUAGUAUUAAAUUACUUCUAGCUGGUAAUUGUGCUCAUGAAAUGUCAGAUCAAGUGAUGAUAUGGAUUAAUAAAUUAGAAAAUGCUACUUUAGAUAUUUUUAGCAUUUUUAAUGAGAAGUUAAAUGAAGCAAAAAAUAAUUUAUCACCAGAAAAUUUUGACAAUUUAUAUCAAAAUUUAUUUAAG